CAGCCCUGUUGUGUUAGUCAGAUGGAGCGCCACACAGCAAGCGUACGCGGGCUUCCCCGCGUUCUAUUGUUUAUCCUACUGGAACAAAGCUGGGCAAAUGCUCACCACGCUUUCAAGCUGAUCGAUGGGCAUGACAUACCCUCAGUCGCACUCGGCACGAGCCUCGGCCACUUGGCUGAUGGAACACGAGUGUUGUCGGCGAACCACUCACUCGCUCGCGCAGUACAAUGGGCCUUAGAGGCCGGGUACCGGCACGUCGACACUGCGGCCUUGUACCGCACCGAGGACGAGGUCGGCCUGGGAGUCCGGGACUACCUGCGGGACAAAGGCCUCCACAGGGACAACGUGUACAUCACUACGAAAUUAUGGAAUGAUGCCCACGAGAGGGAUGAAGUGAUCCCAGCUCUGAAGCAGUCCCUGGAAAAUCUGCAAAUGGAAUACGUCGACUUGUACUUGAUGCACUAUCCGAUGGCAUAUAAGAAAAACGGCAGCAUCAGUUUGACUGACUACUUGGAAACGUGGAAAGGGCUGGAAGACGCUGUAGAAGCCAAUCUCACCAAAUCUAUUGGAGUAUCGAAUUUUAAUAUAACGCAAAUGCAGAGACUCUGGGACAAUGCCAGAAUCAAACCAGCUGUACUACAAAUUGAGGUGAACCCAUCUAUAACUCAAGAGGAGUUAGUGGGCUGGUGUCGCACGCACGGAGUUAUUGUAAUGGGGUACAGUCCAUUCGGGGCAAUAUUGGGUCGAAAACCAGAUGCCCCGCCUCCUAAAGCAGACGACCCGGCUUUGCAAAGGAUAGCCACUCAACACGGGAAGACUGUACCUCAAAUACUGCUUAGAUACCUUCUGGACCGGCAAAUAGUAGCCAUACCGAGAUCAACUAACAAAGAGCGCAUAAAGCAAAACAUCGACAUUUUCGACUUCUCUCUCACACCGGAGGAGGUCGCAGUACUGUUAGCUUUCAAUAGUAAUUAUAGACUAAGAACUCCAGCGAAAUGGUACCCACAUCCUCACUUCCCCUUCCCGAAAAAGAACCUUACAGGUUCAGAAAUAGAAUACAUAAUCGCACACAGCGUAGAGGAUUAAGUACUGUUUCACAAGUGUCUUAUAAAACGCCGCACGAGAAUAAAAUGGAACGGUAAAGGUACAUUUCAUAAUAUGGAAUUGGGUGGAAGAUAAUUUACCAGAACCGGGACUUCAUAACGCAAGUGUAAAAAGCUUUAUUUACAUCUUGGUCGGGCGCCAGCCAACAUAAAAGUUAUUGUACCGCU